ACCGUGAAGGCGGCACUCCUUAAACCAGGCACUCAGCUUUCACGUGCGCGUCACCACUGACAUUACGGAGUGCAGGUUGUCUUUCUCUGACGUCAUCGUUGUUCAUGUGACGUCACUGUCACGCCAACUGAACAGUGAGAUGGCGGCGAUUCUGUGGCUCCUCCCUCUGGCCGCGCUCACGGCUACAGCCGCAAACCCGCGCAGCCAAACGGGACCCCGGCUGCAGCUGUCGCAUGAAGCACUGAAGAAUAGCUCGGCGAUCUACUGGGGGGAAGGCACCAGCGGGGGUUUCCAGGUGCUGCUGUUGGAUGAGGAUCAAGGCUGGUUGCUGGUUGGAGGAAAAGAUCACAUCCACCUGCUGAGGUCCCACAGAGUGGAUCUUCCUUCGCAGGCGGUGCACUGGCCGGCGGCCCAAAGAGACGUGCGCCACUGCCUCAUGAUCGGCAGAAGUCUGCAAAGCGAGUGUGCCAACUUUCUGCGUCUGCUCCAACCUUUCAACAAGACGCACGUUUACGUCUGCGCCACGGGUGCCUUCCAUCCUCAGUGUGGCCUCCUCCAAGUCACGCUGGACACAGAGGAGGCCUUGUCUCUGCUGUCUCACACAGUCGUAUCCGGACAAGGAAAAUGUCCGUACGGUCCCAGAGAGCCUUUCACUGCUCGACUGAGCGACAACGAUGUGUACGCUGGCACAUCUCUGAAUUUAAUCGGAACCAAUGCGGCCAUCAUUCGUACGUCCAUCCAGGAUGCCGGUCGGCAUCUCCGCACGGAAGCUUAUGACCAAAACUGGCUCAACGUGCCGGAGUUCGUGGGUUCCUUCUCCAUUCCAGACACUCACAAUCCUGAUGACGACAAGAUUUACUUCUUCUUCAGGGAGGCGGCUGUCGAGGCCAACCAGUGGGACAAGAGGGUCUACAGCCGAGUGGCUCGAGUUUGUAAGAAUGAUGUAGGAGGCAAGCGGAGCCUGAUCAAUCGCUGGACCACAUUCCUCAAAGCCAGACUAGUCUGUUCGGUGCCAGGUCCAUCUGGAGUCGACACGCAAUUUGAUGAACUUGAAGAUGUCUUCAUCCUGGAGUCGAAGGACCCGCAAAACCCGAUCAUCUAUGGAGUCUUUAAAACCUCCAGCUCGUUGUUUCGAGGCUCGGCCGUUUGCGUCUUCUCAAUGUCAUCGAUUCGAGCGGCGUUCAACGGGCCGUUUGCUCAUAAGGAAGGUCCCGACUAUCGCUGGGUGGAGUACAAAGGCCGCAUCCCGUACCCGAGACCUGGUGCUUGUCCCAGUGAAACCUAUGACUCGCUCCACAAGUCCACUAAGGAUUUCCCAGACGAGGUGGUGAGCUUCAUCCGACAGCAUCAGCUGAUGUGGGAACCGGUCCUACCUCUGGGCGGCAGACCCAUCUUAACUCGGGUCAAUGUGUCCUACAUGUUAACGAGGGUGGUGGUGGACAGGGUGGAUACAGAGGACGGAACUUACGACGUCUUAUUCCUGGGCACAGAUGAUGGGAAGGUGCUGAAGGUAGCGUCCGAGGUCAAAGACACGUUGGAGAACGAGGAGCUCAUUCUAGAAGAGUUAACGGUCUUCCAGAGUCCUGCUGCGAUUCUUAGCAUGAAGCUCUCCAGCAAGAAACAACAGCUGUAUGUGGUCAGUGAAGGGGGCGUGGCCCAGCUGGCGUUCCAGAGGUGCGAGUUGUACGGCAAAGACUGCACAGACUGUCGCUUGGCCAGAGACCCGUACUGCAUCUGGGACGGACAGACCUGCUCCAGAUACUUUGCCUCCAGCAAAAGGAGGGCACGGACACAGGACACAACGUAUGGCGACCCCUGGAGUCAUUGUCCAAUCACAGAUGGCCACUGGGACUCUGUGGAGGUCAAGGUUGUGUAUGGCGUGGAGGGAAACACGUCCUUCAUGGAGUGCGUCCCUCGCUCGCCACGAGCUCAACUCAGGUGGACGCUGCAGCAGCAGAAUGAACAAAGUCAUCUGCUUCGUCUGUGCGACGACGAGAGUCACGUCCACACAGAGAGAGGGUUGCUGGUUCAACGCCUCAAACUGGCCGACGAUGGCGUCUACACCUGCACUAGCGCCGAACUCUCCAACAACCGCGUUGUGAGCCGCUAUCGCCUUUACGUCAUUCCCGCUCAACGCCUCCACGCUGCCCGCGGCCGCCCUACCGUCCACCGGCUGCAGCCUCAAGUCCCGCCCGCUGCUGCUUCGUCUCUGCCGCACCGCAGCUGGCCCACAAGCCCCAAGGACCAGAACAAGGUGGAGCAAUAUUGCGAGCAGCUGUGGUUCCGAGAGAAACGGCGGCAACAGAAGAUCUUUGCGCUGAAACUGAAGCAUGGCAGUAGAAAAAGUCGUGUGAGGAGGAACUAGACACAUGACAUGAGAACCUGAGAUCAGUCAGGUCCUGUGAACAUGGCACUCAUGGACUGAUGGAGAACAUAAACAAGUUCACAUGCCCUGUAUUUUAUGUAGCUAUGUAUGUAUGUAUGGCCAACAGACUUUGCUAAAAUAUGUUAUUCUACUAAAACAAA